AUGAUUUGGACUGUGCCACGAUUAGUGAAAAAACUUUCAUUUCGUUGGACAAAGAACGUAAAGCUUUGUAAAAAUCGUCAACCUAAGAGUGUUAACCAGAACACUCCCAUUCGCGGCAACACAAUGUAUUCAGAAGGCUGUAUGGAGAAGGAGACAGAAGAAUUUGCAAGUAAUUUAAAUGUAAAAGUGCGCGCCAAGUCUAACAGGCGGGAGGUCAGCCCACUACCAGCAACUUUAGAGGAAAUCGGCGACUUACUUGAUAAUAAAUUAUCGGGCACAUCACCAAUUUUUCGCAAAUUACGAUUAACUAUUCUGGCGGAUAUCAAAGCAAUAAUAUCUCAGGAGAUAUGUUCAAUGAGUUCAAAAACAAGCUGA